CAUGGUGGAAUGUGAAGAGGAGUAUAACAGGCAGCUAUCGUGUCUAGUCACAUGUUUUCUGAGACCACUUCGCAUGGCAGCCAGCUCUAAGAAACCUCCGAUCACUCAUGAGGACGUCAACUCAAUAUUUUUGAACAGUGAGACUCUGCUGUUUCUUCACCAAAUAUUUCUGAAAGGGUUAACUGCUCGCCUAGAAAACUGGCCCACUCUAGUCUUAGGGGACUUGUUUGAUAUGUUGCUGCCAAUGCUGAGCAUUUACCAAGAGUAUGUGCGCAAUCACCACUACAGCCUUCAGGUGCUUGCUGAGUACAAGCAGAAGUUUGAAUUUAACAGCCUUCUGAAAAGAUACGAAGAGAAGGGAGCUUGUGAGGGUCGUACUUUGGAGACUUUUCUUACUUACCCUAUGCAUCAGAUUCCGAGAUACAUCAUUACAUUGCAUGAACUUCUUGCACACACUCCCCAUGACCAUGUUGAAAGGGAGAGUCUGGAAUUUGCCAAAAGCAAGCUAGAGGAGUUAUCCAAGGUCAUGCAUGAUGAAGUGAGUGAAACAGAAAACAUUCGUAAGAACCUGGCUAUAGAACGCAUGAUCGUUGAAGGCUGUGACAUUCUUCUUGAUGUGAAUCAGACUUUUGUUAGACAAGGACCAUUGCUUCAACUUAUACACGAGAAAGGAAAGUCAAGCCGUGGGCGUUUAGGAUCCUUUAGUUCGUCGUUUAAGGAAAGUAAGAAAGAAAUUGUGCGUCAGGUUUUCCUUUUCACCAACCACAUCUUGCUCACGACUAGAGCUUCCAAUGGCCGCUUACAUUUAGCGAAAAAUAUUGGAAAAAUUGUUCUGAUUGACUGCACACUCAUAGAAGAUCUCAACUCUGACAUAUUUUUUUUUGAUGAAGAAAGUAAGUAUCUAAUAAGAAUUUUUAUGAUUGAACGAGACUCCAAAGCAGAUUACAAUGGUCUAGAUUUUCGACUCAUUGUGGACUCAAAGAGUGGCCCACCUGUAAAUAUAACAUUGGUGGCCAGUACACUUCAUGAGAAGGCAGCUUGGUGCAGUGAUAUCAGCCAGGUAAGUUUUUGUUCCACUCAAUACUACCAAUGUUACUCACAAGGACCCAUAAAAGAAAACAUACCCAUGGAAAUGAGAUAUGAGAAGAGCUGCAGGAGUGACCAGAUGAGGUCUGAUCCAAAACUGUUUCGUGACGAUGUAGACAUCAAGUUCAGCAGAACCCUAAACUCUUGCAAAGUGCCCCAGAUCCGCCAUGCUAGUGUGGACAGGCUGUUGGACAGGCUGACAGAUCUGAGGUUUCUAAGCAUUGAUUUCCUCAACACCUUCCUACUGACCUAUCGAGUCUUUACCACUGGCCACACUGUCCUAGAAGCAUUGAAGAAAGUCUACAAGAGCCAUGAGGGUGGCAUCAAUGAUAAUAUAUCUGGAUUUAAUGUUUGCGUUUCUUCUAUGACUCCGGGACAACAAGAUGAUGACCUAGUUGAAGAAGUGGGCAGUCCCCCAGAUUUUUCAGGAGUGCCUCCUGAACUUGCUGCUGGCUAUGUGAUUAAACCCCAAGCCGAGAAGAUGCGAAGGAUUAUUGAAAGAGGGGAAUCAGUGGACAGUGAUGACAGCAGAUCAGAACUGACAGCUUUUCUGCAAACACCCAAGCCAAGAUUAUUGGCUCCCAUAGCCUCAUGUGAGACGCUGACGGACCAUGAUGUGUUGGAUGUACCAUCUAUUGCACAUCAGGAGUAUGGAUCGCUGGCACAUCCUACAGGAAUCAUUCUUUCAGACUUUGACCUGGAAGAAGACUCCAGUUCAGAUUAUUUAGAUUCUGCGGAUGACAAUAGACUUCUGCCACCUUCCAUGGUUUCCACUGUUGCUGGAUCAAAUUCUUUGGAUUCUUUGGACUCCCCAUCCACUCCACGGACAAUUAAAUCAGCCAUUAGCUCAGAUACUUUGACACCUGGCACACCUAGAACUCCAGGCACUCCUCGGGUUCAAUCAGGUGGUUCCCCCUUUGGCAGCCCUAAACGUGUUCCAGUACCAGGGCUUGGUACUUUAGAUGCACGUCCUGUCAUGAAAAAGCGAGAGUCGGUGAUCAGCACGGCUGCCACAAUGCGUGUGCUGAAUGUGCUCAAACACUGGGUAGCCAAACAUCAGCAG